GCUGUCCCCACCGAGGCACUGAACACUAUUUGCUUUUCACCUUCCUUUUCCUCUCUCUUUUUUCCCUUGUCUCUUUCAUCCUCGCCAUCUUCCACUCUCUCACACCCUUAAACGCAUUGCCCUUCGCUGCAAACUCAAAACCACAUCCACGCUCUAGAGCGUCUCACCCAGUUCUGCUCAUGGAACUAGCGUUUCUGGUAAUGCUGAAAGCUUUAAUCCUGCAGGUCUGAGCUGUUCUUGGGGUUCGUUUUGAGAAGAAGCAAUGGGCAAGAAUGUGUUGAUUUUGAGUAUUACUCUUUUGGUUCUGUUUGGAGGUGUCUCAUCAGCUAGUACUUCUUCUCCUGCAAAGAUUAUUAGUGGGUUUUUCUCAAAUGCGGUGUCUGUCUUUUUGAAAUGGUUGUGGUCACUCAAAGCAACAACCAAAACAGCGAUUUCUGGUCGUCCGAUGGUGAAGUUCGAGAGUGGGUAUACCGUGGAGACGGUGUUUGACGGAAGCAAGCUUGGAAUUGAGCCUUACACUGUUGAGGUGUUGCCUAGUGGAGAACUUUUGAUUCUGGAUUCUGCCAAUAGUAAUAUCUACAGAAUAUCUGCCUCUCUUUCUCUAUACAGCAGACCAAAGCUGGUUGCAGGAUCACCUGAAGGCUAUUCUGGACAUGUAGAUGGAAGACCAAGAGAGGCAAGGUUGAACCAGCCAAAGGGCUUCACAGUUGAUGACAGAGGAAACGUUUAUAUUGCAGACACUAUGAACAUGGCUAUUAGGAAGAUAAGUGAUGCUGGAGUUACAACAAUUGCGGGAGGAAAAUGGGGCCGUGGAGGGGGUCAUGUUGAUGGACCAAGUGAAGAUGCAAAAUUUUCUGAUGACUUUGAUGUGGUUUAUGUUGGAAGCAGUUGCUCCCUACUUGUCAUCGACCGAGGAAACCAGGCUAUCAGGGAGAUCCAACUCCAUUUCGAUGAUUGUGCUUAUCAAUACGGAAAUGGUUUUCCUCUUGGAAUUGCAAUACUUGUCGGGGCUGGCUUCUUUGGUUACAUGCUUGCAUUGCUGCAAUGUAGAGUGGGUACAAUUGUGUCUAUCCAUAAUGAUCAGGAUGUAACAGAGAAAAGCAUUCCACCAAGUCCAUAUCAGAAGCCUCUAAAGUCAGUCAGGCCACCAUUAAUCCCAACAGAAGAUGAACCAGAGAAGCAAGAAGAAGGCUUCUUUGGAUCUAUUGGAAAGCUUCUUGUCAACACAGGGGUGUCAAUAGUGGAGAUUCUAGGAGGAAUAUUUCCGGGGUUUAGAAAUAAGCCAAUAACCUAUCAAUAUCAAAGCCAACAGCAGCAACAAAAGCACUCAAAUGCUUGGCCCAUGCAAGAGAGCUUUGUAAUACCUGAUGAAGAUGAACCCCCUUCAAUUGACACCAGAACUCCCACUCCGCGUAAAACCUACCCUUUCAUGUCCAAGGAUGCAGAAAAGAUGCCCCAAUUGCGGCAAAGUCGAGUUUUCUCUAAUGGGUGGGAUAGUGAUCUUCAGCAGCAGCAGCAGCAGCAGCAGCAGAAACAGCAGCAGCAGCAUCAUCAUAGGCAUCAUUCAUCCAUCCCAUACACUUACUAUGAGCAGAGCUGUGAGAAAAACAAUGAGAUUGUCUUUGGGGCAGUUCAGGAGCAGGAUGGAAAACGUGAAGCUGUGGUGAUAAAGCCAGUCAAUUAUGGAGAUCCCAUGUUUGAUCAUCACAAUAUUAACUCUCGAAUUAAUUCUACGGGCUAUCGACGUGGCUAUUGAUGCUAAACAUAUAAGCAAAUUCAUAGUUUUGAUCCCAUUCCAUCUGAAUAUUAGUCCAUCGAUAUUUAGGUUAUAGGUGGUAUCAAUUAUUUCUUCUGAAAAAAAAAAAAUGGAGUGUCCGUUGGGAGCUUUGCAAAUGUAAAAAUCUCAGACGCUCAAAAAUAUUGCAAGGCUACUGUUUGAAGUUUGAGCACUGCCGUCUGGCCCUCCUGUUGUUGUUCAAGGAUGAGUUUUUAGCUAA